AUGAAAUUCCAAGACACAUUCUUGAUUCUCACCAGCAUCGCCUCUGUCGCGAUGGGAGCCCCUACGCCGCAAUCCGUUCCAGCCAAGGAUAACAGCGGAGGAAGAGUCGUCCUCGAUGGCGCUGAAUGCAGCCCCGUUCAAGGCCGCUUGGUCUGCGACGAUGGCUUCGGCAACACAUUUUUCGCCGAUGAUCCUUUUUCGUCAUGA